AUGGCCACGCAGGUCGCGCUGAAGCAGGUGUCAAAGGUGGUGACCACCUCCUUCCUCGACCUCUCCCACUUGGGCGAGGCUGGAUGGGCCGAGCCGAUCACGUGGGCCGCCUUUGUGCUGCUGCCCUGCUCGGCGCCGCUGCAGCUGUGGCUCCUGAACAAGGCCCUCGCGGGCGCAAAGGUGUCCUACUCCGUGCCCGCGUACCAGUCGCUCCUCAUCGUCAUGAACCUGCUCGCCGCCGGCAUCUUUUACGACGAGUUCACCUGCCACCCCGAGGUGGUGCCAUUCGUCGCCGGGGGCAUUCUCGCCGUGAUCGCCGGACUCGGCGUGGUUGACCUCUCUCCCUCAAAGGCACGCGUUCUCUCCCUCACCAACCGCGACGCCGAGGGAGAGGCGAACCGCGACCAGCGCAGCACUCUCCUCACCGACGAGCUGGUCGCCUCUUCUACGCCAGGCCGGCUGGCACCCGAGCGCAGCGACAGCGACGAGCCCCCGUCGCUGCCCGCCCCGCCUGGACAAGCCUGCGUGGGGGCUGCCUCCACCGCUCCGCCUUUGCCGUCUCAUGUGCCAGUAGGGGUGGAGGUCCGCAGCGGCGAGGAGGGCGCUGGCGAAGAGCGACUCUCGCAUCCUCCCCAUGUCACCGCCGAAAAGGCGCGCGCGUCGAUGCGGCAGAUGGCCUCGGACCUCGAGGCCGCCUUUGAGGGCGAGGGGGAGGAGGAGGCUCGACGACCGGGCACGCCAGUGUGCGGUCACACAUCAAGCAUCCGCUCCUCCGUCGAUUCGCUCUCUCUCGAAGCGGCCGAGGUGUAGCGGCGCACGCGCGGCGGCGAGCGGUCUCGAAUGCACCGUAAACCAUCGGGGCGACAGGGGCGCAUCGGGGCGACAGGGGCGUGUUGCAGCUGCCAGCAGGUUGGCACGUGGGGCAGGGUAGCACGAGGGGCACGACGCACACGCUCACUUGGGCUGGGGGGCAGACGUACACGAGGUUGAACGGAAGUAGCCGCAUCCAAGUACGGAACCACACGCCCCCCCCGCAUCGCAGUCGGGUCAUUGUGUCUCGGCGCAGUCGUUUGUCUACUCAUAUGCAGCGUGUAUGUACUUGUACACAGUGAAACACGCAGAGAGAGUAU